UCGAGCUGUGUUUGUAUAUGAAUGAAAAAGUCAGCGACUUCCCGACCCCCACCCCCUUUCCCUCUCUCUCUCUUUCGCUCUCUAGAUUCCAUUUCACUCUGGAUUGAGGUUGCUUUUGGCCCUGGAAGAAUCAAACCCUAGAAAUAGAAUAGAACUACUAUUCUUGUGUUGUAUGUGUACAUAUUUAUAUAUAUAUAUAUAUAGAGAGAGAGAGAAAGAGAGAGAGAGAGUGGGAGAGAGAUGAUGUCUUGAAGAAGAGCUAGGUAGCUGCUGUAAUGAUUUAAGUCUCCUGCAUGAAUUGAUCGUUUGUUUGGUGGGAGAGUUAGCAUGACAAAGUGAAGCAAAUUAAGUCAAAUGAUGGGACAGUGAUUUCAUCAAGUAUGUGCAGUCAUUUCUUGAAGAGGAUGGAGAAUUAUCAGGGCGGCGAUUUAACUGACAUAAUAAGAGCCAGCGGAGGCGGCGGAGGAAGAAUUUCCGGUGGUUCUUCCGCCGCCGAGGUGCCUGAUCUGUGGCAGUUUGCGACUAAUCCGAUUAAUUAUGAGCAGAAGGAGGAUUUCGGCGAUCCUUUUAUUACCCAUCUUGGAGAUCCACUCCUCCAUGACAUCGAUGAUCCAGUUUCUGGAUUUUUCAACGGCUCCGAUUUUAUCAAGGAUGGUAUUGGAUGUUUUGCUGCAGCAGCAGGAAGUGUUAGCGCUUUGAAUAUUUCAUCAUCGGGUCACGAAAAUUUGAGCAAUGAGAUGAAAAGACCGUCGUCGUCGUCGAAUAUUUUUUCGAGGACGCCUUUGCCGAUCUCUCCAGGUUUGAAGCUGCCAGCGACGCCGUGCGACUCUCCGGCGGCGGCUUGUCCGAAUGGCCCUCCUUCUAUGUUAGUAUCAUCAUCGAAUGAUCAUGCUUUGUUGUCGUCUCCAAAUAACCCCAGAGGUUGCUUGGUGGAGAGUCCUGCAGGUCUGCAGAUCUCGUCUCCGCGAAUCACGGGCAUCAAGAGAAGGAAGAGCCAGGCAAAGAAAGUGGUGUGUAUACCUGCUCCAGCACCUGCCAACAGCAGGCCCAGUGGCGAAGUUGUCCCCUCUGAUCUCUGGGCAUGGAGAAAGUACGGUCAGAAGCCAAUCAAAGGUUCCCCUUAUCCAAGGGGUUAUUACAGAUGCAGCAGUUCGAAGGGAUGCUCCGCCAGGAAACAGGUGGAGCGGAGCCGGACCGACCCCAACAUGCUGGUGAUAACCUACACCUCCGAGCACAACCACCCAUGGCCGACCCAAAGAAAUGCUCUUGCUGGCUCCACCAGAUCUCAUCCCUCCAAGAGCAACACUACUGCUGCUGCCACUGCCACUGCCACUGCCACUGCUGCCUCCAAAAAUUCUCCGGCCCGGAAAUGCACUGACCAGGAAGACGACCACCAACCGGGGAUAACCACCGACGGAACUUCCGGCGAUGUCAAAGAGGAAUUUGAUGGAUUAGAAACGGACGGCGCUGAAUUUGACUGUCAUCGAGGGUUUGAGCCGAGUUACAGGCCGACACUUCCCGAUUCCACCACCCACUCCGAUGACACCUUCUUCGCCGAUCUCGGGGAAAUCGAGGCUGAUUCCACCUUGGAUUUGCUGUUCGCGCAGGGGUUUUCCAACGGCCGGGAUAAGGACAAAGCCGACUUGGAUCCAUUCAGCUUUUACGAUGACUGGGCGCCGCCUGGAAAUAACACCACUACUUCCGCCGCCGCCGCCAGCGCAUCGCCGGAAGAGACAAUGCCAGAUUCGUGACACAAAUAUUUUAAUUAAUAUUCCAAACCCAACAGAAAGAAGCACCAAGUCCGACGGAGAACAGUACAGAACCCGAUACAAUUCCACCAGUGCCUUCAUUCCUUUCUGGUGCAGUUUCAUAAUUCGAUUAAUUAGGUCAAAACCAUGCAUAACUGCAAGUGUGUGAGUUUUCACUUGGGAAUUAAAGAAAAAAGCUAUCUCCAUUGAUAAAUUGUUUCCCUUCUUCAUCUUCCUCAUAUUUUUUUGGCCCACCAUAUAAUACCCUAGCUCUUUCUCGACUUGACCCAGCUACGGUUUUACGGUGUCUUUACCUACAGAGAAAGAAGGAGGAUGAUCAAUUAUGCUCGAAAUUACCAACUCCGGCGGACGAUCAUGGCCUCUCAACUCCCGGAUGAUCCAUACCGUUGGUUUAGGAAUAUUUGUGGAUGGGACAGAAAGCUGAUCAGGAACAGAAAGUUUCAGCAGUUAGAAAAGUGUGUGAAUCAGACAUGACUGGAAAAGCUCAAUUAGGGAUUCUCUUGUUCGAUUGGACACCAUUUUUUAACUUGGAGCUGCAGGCUAGUGAGAGACUCAAACAUAUGCAUACAUAGCUUACGUCCACCUUACUUAGUCAGAUUAAUCCAAAGAAAUUACUUACAGUUCCUACGAUAUGAUUUAAAUCUGCUUUGUAUAAAAAAAAGUUGCUCAAGUUUGGCAUUUCAUGUGAUCAUCAGUAUCUGUAAAAAUCAUAAGAUAUUAUUGGCUUCG